AAAUGUUUUCAAAAUGAAAUCAAUACUUCCAAAUUAGUGUUUUCACCUUUAACAUCCCUUUUAGUCAAAUAACCCUAAAAUCAUUUUCAGCGCUAAGCUCCAAAUUCAAAAGGCGGCGUUUUAUCCAUCACCAUCGUCAUCGUCAUAGUCAUAGUCAUCGUCAAUGGCGGCGACGAUCGAGUCGUCCUAUUCGCCGGCUCCCCCUCCCGUGCCAGCGGCAAAAAAGGUGAAGCAUGAGAUGGAGUUGUUCGGAGACGUCAGGAUCGACAACUACUACUGGCUUCGGGAUGAUUCUCGCUCCAGUCCUGAAGUUCUUUCGUACCUUCAAGCAGAGAACGCCUACACAGAUUUCAUCAUGUCUGGUACCAAACACUUAGAAGACCAGAUUUAUGCUGACACGAGAGGACGAAUCAAGGAGGAUGAUAUAUCUGCACCUGUACGUAGAGGGGCUUACUACUACUAUAAGAGGACUUUGGCAGGAAAGGAGUAUGUGCAGCAUUGUAGGCGCCUUGUAUCACCUGUUGAGGCCUUACCUUCUGUUUAUGAUACUAUGCCAACUGGACCUGAUGCUCCUCAAGAACAUGUUAUCUUGGAUGAGAAUACUAAAGCUCAAGAACAUACAUAUUAUAGCAUUGGUGCUUUUAAGGUUAGUCCAAACAAUAAGUUGGUUGCAUAUGCAGAAGACACCAAAGGUGAUGAGAUUUAUACUGUUUAUAUCAUUGAUGCGGAGACUAGGACACCAGUGGGGAAGCCUCUGGUACGUAUAACUUCAGAUCUUGAAUGGGCUGGUAAUGAGGCUUUACUUUACAUCACAAUGGAUGAGGUUCUUCGUCCUGACAAGGUCUGGCUGCAUAAGUUGGGAACAGAUCAAUCAAGUGACUCCUGCCUUUAUCAUGAAAAGGACGAUAUGUUUUCUCUUGGUCUUCAAGCUUCUGAGAGCAAGCAAUUUCUGUUUGUUGAAUCUGGAAGUAAAAAUACAGGAUUCAUUUUCUAUCUUGACGUAUCAAAACCUGAAGGUGGGCUUACAGUUUUGACACCUCGUUUAGAUGGCAUUGACACAUCAGCCAGUCACCGUGGAAACCAUUUUUACAUUAAGCGCAGAAGCAACGAGUAUUUUAAUUCAGAAGUACUAGCUUGUCCACUGGAUAAUGUAUCCACAAUGACGGUUCUUAUUCCACACAGGGAAAGUGUAAAGAUUCAGAAGAUACAACUUUUCAGUGAUCAUCUUGUAGUGCAUGAGCGUGAAAACGGUCUGCCCAAGGUAACUGUGUAUCGCCUCCCAGCAGUUGGAGAACCACUUACAAGUCUUCAAGGUGGUCAGACUAUUGAUUUUCUUGAUCCUGUAUACACAGUGGAUCCAUCAGAAUCACAAUUCUCUUCCAGCAUUUUGCGGUUUUCUUAUAGCUCAUUGAGGACUCCUCGCUCUGUAUAUGAUUAUGAUAUGAGAACGGGCAUUUCUGUUUUGAAAAAUAUUGAAACAGUUUUGGGGGAUUUUGAUGCAUCAAAAUAUAUAACUGAAAGGAAAUGGGCGAAUGCUUCAGAUGGCACUCAAAUUCCUCUAUCAAUUGUUUACCGAAAGGAUCUUGUGAAACUUGAUGGAUCUGAUCCAUUACUUCUUUAUGGCUAUGGUUCAUAUGAGAUUUGCAUAGAUCCAAGUUUCAAAGCUUCAAGGCUCUCUCUAUUAGAUCGGGGUUUUAUAUUUGCAAUAGCACACAUUCGUGGUGGUGGUGAAAUGGGGAGGCAGUGGUAUGAGAAUGGGAAGUUGUUGAAGAAGAGAAAUACAUUUACAGAUUUUAUUGCUUGUGCUGAGUAUCUAAUAGAGAUGAAGUUCUGUUCAAAGGAAAAAUUGUGCAUUCAGGGAGGAAGUGCAGGAGGGUUGCUUAUCGGUGCUGUUCUUAACAUGCGGCCAGAUUUAUUCAAGGCUGCUGUUACUAGAGUACCUUUUGUCGAUGUGGUGACAACAAUGCUGGAUCCAAGCAUCCCUCUUACAACUUCUGAAUGGGAGGAAUGGGGUGACCCUCGGAAGGAGGAGUUUUACUUCUACAUGAAGUCAUAUUCCCCUGUUGAUAACAUUAAAGCUCAAAAUUACCCAAAGAUUCUUGUGACAGCCGGUUUGAAUGAUCCACGGGUCAUGUAUUCGGAACCUGCUAAGUUUGUGGCAAAGCUGAGGGAUAUGAAGAUGGAUGAUAAUGUGCUGUUGUUUAAAUGUGAACUUGGUGCUGGACACUUCUCAAAGUCAGGAAGAUUUGAGAAGCUCAAAGAAGAAGCCUUCGUAGAUACUUUUAUACUCAAGGCUUUAAACAUGGUUCCUACCCUUGGCCGUGUGCAAAGCUGAUCAGGUCAUAGAACAUGCUGCUGAUUAUAUAAUGUUCUCUUGACAAACGCGGUCAGCAACAUCUUACACAGUGUUGUGUGCAUUACAUCAGGAAUAAUCUGAGAUGGAAAUAACUUUUGGAGAAGAGAUGGAAUUACACCUUGAAGGGAUUUCUUUUGGCAGGACCACAUCAGCUUAGGCCUGAUUGUUGCUGGAAUCAACUCUUGAUAAUUCAUAUAUAUGGUCAUGCAUAGGAUGUGUUUUUCAUAGUUGAAACCAAGAGCAUCCAUAAAAGGCUGGAGUUGUUUAUUAAGGUCAAAAGAUAUGGGAACGCAGAAGGUGAUUUCCAACUUAUUGGUAAAUGUUAUUCUCAUUUAUUUUUUUAACAGUCUCUCUAUUCUAUGGGGGUGAAGAAAAUUGGUAAUUUUGGUUUUACAUUUUUGAGUUUCUAUUGCUGUGUGGAUGAUUAGCAAUCACAUAUUCUCACAACUACUACUAUUCAUUUCAUAAUCGACUAGAUGAUCCUACUAUUGUUACA